UCCGUCAUUUGACGUAAUCUGAGGGCGCGCGCGAAACUGAGUGUCCUCGACUGUUUGUUUGUGUUUUCAACUUUUAACUUAGCUUUUCACAGUAUUUGAGUUGGUUACACAUUUUAUUUUCAGGCGUAGGUGUUUUCCACAGUACACCGUAUGUUCACAGUAAACAAUUACCUACAAUAGUCAUCGAUGUGUUCGCAUUUUGACUGAAUACCGGAGAUCGUCGUCUCUAGUCUCUACGGAAAUCAGGAUGGCAGCGCUGUUACAGCUCCCAGGUUAUGAGGAGGAGAGGCUGCAGAGGGUCGCAGAGCAGCUGCCCUGCAGAGAGGUCCAGACGGGGAUGCUGCUGUCGCUCAUGGGGCAGCCACACCAGUACAGCUACCCCUCAAUCUUCAUCUAUGGUCAUCGGGCUUCAGGGAAGAGUCAUGUCAUGCAUGUUUUACUGAAGGAACUUGAGCUGCCUCACGCCACAGUCAGCUGUGUCGAAUGUGUUUCUGUUGCGUUGCUGUUUGAACAAGUUCUGCUGUCCUUCUUUGGCUGCGACGCUGCCUCGCUGCUCCCCCGCAGUGCCUCCCUGUCUGACUUUGUACGCAUCUACAGACAGCAGUGCUCCCAGUCUCCUGCCAAGCAGACGCGAUACAUUGUAAUGGAAAAAGCCGAGCUUCUGAGAGACACCGAUGCCAAUCUCCUCCCUGCUCUACUGCGCCUUCAGGAAUUGGUUGAGGACAACGUUACCAUCAUCCUGCUCAGUGAAAUCGUCUGGGACAAGUUCAGACCAAACACCGGCUGUUUCGAGCCCCUUCUGCUCCAUUUCCCCGACUACAGUAAAGGUGAGCUGCAAAAGAUUUUGUCCCAGGACAGACCUCCUUCAUAUUCGGAUGAGUUUUACUCGUCUUACAUCAACAUCCUGCUGGGAGUCUUUUACUCGGUCUGCCGGGACCUCAGAGAGCUGCGCCACCUGGCUGCCCUCAACUUUUCAAAGUUCUGCGAGCCGUUAGAAGAAGGGAAAGUGAAAGAGACUGACACACACAAGCUGUGGAGAAACAUUGAACCUCAUUUGAAAAAAGCCAUGCAGACUGUUUACCUGCGAGAAGUCUCCAGUGUUCAGUGGGAGCAGAUGCAGCAAAUGGAGGAGAAGGAGAAUGGAGCUUUGAGAGGUUUAUCUGCUCACACUCAUGUUGAACUGCCUUAUUACUCCAAGUUCCUGUUGAUUGCUGCCUACCUGGCAUCCUACAACCCUGCCCGCACAGAUAAACGCUUCUUUCUCAAGCACCAUGGUAAAAUAAAAAAAACAAACUUCUUGAAGAAAAAUGAAAAGACAAGUAACCAUCUGCUGGGGCCAAAGCCGUUCCCUCUCGACCGCCUUCUCGCCAUUUUCUACAGUGUGGUGGACAGUAGAGUUGCCCCCACUGCCAGCAUCUUCUCCCAGAUCUCCUCUCUGGUGACCUUACAGCUGUUGACUCAGGUCAGUCAUGACGACCAGCUCGAUGCCCCAAAAUACAAAUGUGCCGUUUCUAUGGACUUCAUCUGUGCCAUCUCCAGGACGGUGAAUUUUGAGAUUGUCAAGUACCUUUAUGACUUCUUGUGAGCCUGCUGAGAAUAAAGGAGAGGCGACACAAAGGGACAGCAAGACAAAAGGGGGAUUAAUACAUUUAAAGACAAGCAAAAUGACGAGCUCAGAAUAUUGUUGAGAAUUGUGUAGAGAAAAAUUAAUCCAGUUAUGUCGCUGCCCCCUUGUGGAGGAUUAAUGGGUUUAUGUUUUUCUUGUAAAGUCGCAGAAUGUGGAAAAAAAAUGUUUAAUAAUUGAUUUGUAUAAAAUAA